AUGAGGAAUUGCCACGCCGCCCAAAAGUGCCGGUGGACGGCGGUUAUACUUGGGGCGCCGGUAUGGGCGGUAGAGAGCCUGCCCAAGGAUGCCGGAUGUCCGAGAGAGAGAGCUUUUUCUGUCUUGUCGCCAGAAGCGCAACGGAAUGCGGUGGCUGGAGGAAAGACGCCGGACCCCGAGCAACCAAGCACUACGGUCCGGCUUGCAGAAUGUUCCAUGGACCCCUGCUCUCUCCCUUUGGCGACAGGCUUGGCGGAGCCUUGGGCGGAAGCCUGGGCAGAGCAACCAGAGGAAGCCUGGCCGAAGUCUUUGGUUGAGGUCCCGAGGGAAGCCUCAAGAGAGGGACCGGAAAGUGGAAUGCCGGAAAGUGGAAUGUCGGAAAGUGGGAUGCUGGUAAUUGGCAUGCCGGAGAGUGGGAUGUCGGGGAGUGGGGUGGAAACCCCGUUUGAAGCGGUGGUGGGAGCCUGGGGGCUUUUGAGGGAUGCGUGGCCGGAGUGUUCGGUGCCGGGUUCGAUGGAAGGUUCGGUUGAAGCUAGACCGGAGCCUGCGACCCCGCGACCAUGCGAGGAAUCAUUGAGUGGAGCAUGGGCGAGCAUUGUGGCCGAAGCAUUGGAGGGACUUCAGGUGGAAGCUUGUCCUCCUUCAUCUCUGGUGGAAGACGAGGUAAGUCUGCCUAAUUUAGUCGCUGAGGUACUAUACGAGUGCCUGGAGGACGAGAAGGAUCAGAAGCCGGCUCUAAGUCCUGAAGUGGAACUAGGGAUUGUGAAGUUGGCCCAGGCAGGUGUCCGUAGAGAGCUCGACAAGCGGAAAAUAAAGACAGACAUGUCGACUCCAGAUUUUGAGUGCUGUUCAUGGAGAUGGCUCAAAUUAGCAUUGUUAAUGCGUGAGCUAAAAUACGAUGAAUUUGCCCAAUUGAUUUCAGCAUUGGAGACUUUAAUUUCAAGACCGAUUGGAUUAUCAGACACGUGGUUUAUGGCUGGUAUCUUACAACUAUUCCUUUCACGCCGGGGGGUGGCUUCUUGGUUGCCGUCUGAUGCAUUGUUGAGAUUUGGUUGGAAUUGCAGGAAGAUGAUUUUUCGAAUUUCCUUUCCAGACACAGUUGUUCGUUUACCUGAACGUGAGAAGAAUAUAAAUCGCGUUUGCGCUAUCUCAAAGUUAGAUUGGUGGUUCUGUCAAGCAAAGCGAAAUAUUAUCAUUGACAAGAACACAUGGGUAAGCGAAGAAUGGCCAGCGGCUCUUUUUAGAGUUCAGCGUGCACUAGGGAAACAGACGUUCGAUGACGCCGUCCAGCGAAUGAAGGGUGUAAUCAAACCUCCGCUUGAUUUCACAAAUGUUCACUAUCUUGGAUGCUUAAUAAAGUAUGUUGAGACUGCUCCUCCGAAGACCAACCGUCGUUUUCCUACAACCAUCCGGGAAGCUGUGCCCUCCUCGUCCAAUUCCGUUCCAGGGUCAUCCUCUUCGCAACCGUCUUUGUUUGACGAGGGUAUGUCGAUUAUUGCCGAUAACUCGGUUGUUGCCAAGAGGUCGGUUGCUCCCGAGAUGACCGGCUUUAUGGCCCGCGUGCUUCAAGAGUGCCGGGAGAAAGAGAAGAAGUGCGAAGAAUCUCUGAUGACGAGCCCGGCAAAGUUGGGUAUUGCCAGAUUUGUUCUAACGAGAUAUCGGGCUGUGUUGUCCUUGAAAAGAAAGUCGGAAGAAAAACACCGUCGCUCUCGAAUAGCGGAUCCUUUCAGCUUCUGUGGGUGGCGAUGGUUGUGCGUGGGAGGAUUGAUGAAUGAUUAUUUGAAGCCGGAGUUGUUGGACAAGUUAAUAGCCGAUAGUGAAAAGGUAGUGCCGAGGCCGAAACAUGUGUCGCGAUUGUGGUACUUGGCCUGUCGAUUGCAAACCUGUUUGAAGGGGGCGGAUACUGUUCAAGGCUUCGGGUGCGUGGAAAUGGUUCCUGCUUGGUGGUUUUUAAACACCGUGAUAUACCGUGAUCACUUCCCCGAAACAUUUGGUGAGCUGCCCAUGUCUAAAACAUCUGCACGCUUAAUGGCCUUCACCUCCAAAGCUGCACAUUGGAUUGCAACCGGAAUCCACAAAUUCCGCCUGUCAAGCAGAACGUGGUCACCUACCUUAAAUGACGACAUUGUGGAUGUAUUCCACAAAGUACUAGGAGACCACUGGUUCAGCGAAAUGAUCAAUAUAAUCAAAGCAAAAAUCUCUCAAAUUGUACCCGAGGAGGGCCCACAACGAAUGCAGAAGCUAUCAGAUAAAUCCAUCAUGGAAACCGUCAUGCGGUAUGCACAGGUGGGUCGAAGGUCCGCUUGUGGGUUCUGCAAUGCUUGGGGCUUUGAUGUACCCAAAAAGAGACACGAUAUGGUCGUGGAUGAAGACGAACCACCAACAAAAAAGAGUGUGCAAUGA